AAUUUAUACACGAAAAAACAGCUAAGUAAUAAUAAUAAUUAUAAUCAGAAACUGCUUUAAAACUUGUUCUUCUUUGACUAAAUUUCUUUCUUCUCUCAAGAACUCCUCUGUUUUGACUUGCAAGUAACCAAGAAUGCGACAAGACGAGAAUAAUUCCGAGGAAGAAUUCGUUGAGAUUGAUCCCACUGGUCGCUAUGGCCGGUAUAAAGAAGUUCUAGGCAAAGGAGCUUUCAAAGAAGUAUACAGAGCAUUUGACCAACUUGAAGGAAUCGAAGUGGCUUGGAACCAAGUUAAGUUAGAUGAUAAAUUCUGUAGCUCAGAGGAUUUAGAUCGUCUUUACUCUGAAGUUCACUUACUCAAAACCCUUAAACACAAAAGCAUCAUCAAAUUCUACACUUCUUGGAUUGAUCACCAACACAUGACCAUCAAUCUCAUUACGGAAGUCUUCACUUCCGGAAAUCUUAGACAGUACCGGAAGAAGCAUAAGUGUGUUGAUCUAAGAGCAUUGAAGAAAUGGUCAAGGCAGAUUUUAGAAGGGCUUGUUUAUCUACAUAGCCAUGAUCCUCCUGUGAUCCAUAGGGAUCUUAAAUGUGAUAACAUUUUCAUUAAUGGUAACCAAGGUGAGGUCAAAAUUGGAGAUCUCGGGCUAGCCGCGAUUCUACACCGGGCUCGCUCUGCUCAUAGCGUCAUCGGAACUCCUGAAUUUAUGGCGCCGGAACUCUAUGAAGAGGACUAUAAUGUACUUGUCGACAUAUAUGCGUUUGGAAUGUGUUUGCUUGAGCUGGUAACUUUCGAGUACCCGUAUUCCGAAUGCACAAAUGCUGCUCAGAUUUAUAGGAAAGUUACAUCGGGGAUCAAACCAGCCUCUCUUUUAAAUGUGACUGAUCCGCAAGUGAGGACAUUCAUAGAGAAGUGUAUCGCAAAGGUCUCACAACGCUUGUCAGCCAAGGAACUACUUGAUGAUCCUUUUCUGAAAUGCUACAAUGAAAAGACCGAAAUUGUCAACUCUCACAAAGAAAAUGGCUGCAACGGAAAUGGAACCGUGGAUAAACUCUCGGAUUCUGAGGUAGGAUUAUUAACCGUAGAAGGCCAACGUAAAGACCUCAACACAAUCUUCCUAAAACUACGUAUUACCGAUUCCAAAGGUCAAAUCCGCAAUAUCCACUUCCCAUUUAACAUAGAGACAGACACAUCUUUCUCAGUCGCCAUCGAAAUGGUAGAAGAAUUAGACUUAACCGAUGACCAAGACAUCUCAACAAUCGUUAAAAUGAUCGACACAGAGAUACAUUCACACAUCCCCGAUUGGACCCCUUCUCGUCUUAUCGGCGAUGAUUCAGCGAUGCACAAAUGUUUGUCUUCUCCAGAAACGCUGCAUUUUCAGGGAGAAAAUUCUGGUCCUCUCCUAAAGCUGGAGCUGGAGAUUCACGUUCACCGUUCGCGCCACGAUCUAAUUCUAAGCUGUCUUCAUCACCAAUCAAUCAAGACGUUGGAGUUAUAGUAGAGAAACUUGAGUCUUUGUUGAGGAAACAGAGAGAGGAGAUUGAAGAGAUGCAGAGAGAUCAAGAGCGUAUAGUUUCUGAGUUUUUGAAAGAGUUUCCUCCUGAGAUUUGUCAAGAGGCUUUGGUGAGAUUGCAAGUUAAAGAUUCUGAUAGCUUACCGUGUUAGUUCGUUUGUUACAUUACAUACUCAUCUUCAAGAUUAAUUUGGUUUGUAAUAUUAUGUCUUACUAAAGGUAAAUGUGGAAA